UUCUGUAGCUGGUCUAUUACAAUAGGACACCGAAAUCUUAUGAGUCGCACCUUUUCAGUUUCCUGGACAUUGGCAAACACUUGGAUACACAGUGUCAUUUCUAAAUGAGUGGGCAUGAUACAGAAGCUAUUCAGUAUGCUUGAAACGUCUUAUGGGCUUAUACGAUUAGGAGAAAUCGUGAUGCGCUAAUUCGGGGUAACAAUUCCUACACUCGCACGAAUAAACAUCGUCACCGCUCAUGGCUUUUAAUAUAGAAAGUAACGGAGCUCCAGUUAAUUUUUACACACAGUACUCUGGCGAAGAAUCUCCUGGUGUAACCGUUGCUGUUGAACGAUGUCCUUUGUGUAAAUGUUCAGUGCGUCCGUAUUAUUGUCACAUUUGUGUUACUGAUGGUUGUUUUCAGCAUUCUAUUAACGAUAAAAGGCUCACAAAAGAUGCUUAUCACCAAAAACAACAAAAAUGGAAAAAAGAAAAAGAAAAAAGGAUCAAAUUAUUGAAUAAAGUUGAGACAGCCAUUGUAGCUAAAGAAAAGAAAUAUGAAAAGUUGAAUGAAAUAGAAGAAUGUAAAAGAAGAAUAUUAUUACUGAAAAAUGCCAUCAAAACUGUAAAUAAAGAAACAGAUAAAGCUGAAAACCGAUUAAUCAAGUCCAGAGAACGGACAUCACAGAGAAGGUCUAAAGGUCGACUCCAUGACGAUAAAGUUCAAAAGAUUAAAAAAUAUAUCAUUAGUGGAGGUUUAAUAAGUGAAAAUAAAAGAGAUGAAACUGACAAAACCAUGGAUAUUCUACAGAAUGGAAGACAGUCACACGUACAGGCACUGACUAACUAUAUCUUUCCUAUAACUGAAACACGUCCCAGCCAUGUAGAAACAUCGAUGAUAAAUACAAUUAAAGAAGCGUGUCAAACAGCAUAUGUACGAGGUAAAUGGCAAUAUACAGAUUUAAGAAGUGAUACACUAUAUAAAAUACUGGAACCUACAUUACCCAGCAAUGGUAAUUUUUCUGCCUACAACUUGUGGGUUUCAGUAACACGAGAAAAUGGUGCAGCACCUGAUUCUGAAUGUGGUACCAGUAAUCCAGGUCAUACUUUUAGGGCAGCAUUAUGUUAUGCAACACAAUUAUUAUCUAUUUUAUUACAUAUUCUUGAUAUUAAUUCCCCUAGAAAACUUUGUUAUAGUGAAUUUUGUUCUGAUGAGUUAACAGAGAAACAGUUAAACAGUGCCGUUAACAAGUUAAAUCAUAAUAUACUAUAUGUAUGUUUUUCACAAGGAAUUAGUAUAGAAGAUGUCUCACCUAAAGAUACACUCCAUAAUCUGUAUAUUCUCUUACAUAACUCUAAUAUAGGAAGAUGUAUACCAUUUGAAGUAUGUGAAGAGAUGAUACAAUCUGUAACUGAUGGUAGUGUAUCAGAUGAUAGUGAAGAUGAACCAGAUACAUUAACAGAUGAUGUAGAUAUAGGAUUGGAUUGGGAAUUACCCAGUGACUUUCCUGAUGUAACCACCAGAGGAUCUUCUAGUACCUCAACAUAUACCACUAACUGUUAUACUCAGGCUGGUGUUAAUGAGGGGGGUGGUUUACUUGCUUCUGCUACAACAUCUAUAGCUUCAUUAUGGCAGGCAGCUAGAAGUACACUUGAAAGGAGAUGACAUAGUAGAUUCUGUCAUUAACUUUUUAUACAACCACAUUUUAUGUCGUAGUAUAUUGUUGCCACCCAUUUACGUCUAUACACGUCACAAUUCCUUUAAAUGCUCGAUGCAGUUUUUGAGGAUUUUUGACUACUAGUAAUUAAAAGGAUGAACCCUAUUUUCAAUCACUCAUUGGUUUUAUGUGGAGUUAUUGCCCACAAAAUUUUGAACUUGCUACAGGUCGAAGUUUUGAGAUUUAUUUUUCAAAUUUGCUGGAAUGGUUUGGAUAGUCAGAAACAACCCUAAAAAAAAUUCAGGGUCGAGCAGUCUACAUUAUCAUCCAAUCUUUUUAAGAUUUAUAUAUGUUGUUUAUAGUGAGAUGAAGAAAUGUAUUGAAAUUAACAACCAAAGUUAUCAUCAGAGCUGUUUGCUCAUUUUAUAGCACAUGUUUUUGGAAUGACGUUAUUACUUCUUUGACAGAACAACGUCCUUUGAUGUCCUUGCUACCUCCCUUCACCAAGCUGCUGGUGGGUGUAUUUUUAUUGUCUGACAAUGUUAUGUUUAUAGAUUGUUACCAUAUUAAAUAAUGUAUGGCAUGACAAGGCAGGACAAGCCUUCAUACGCGGCCCUUAUCAGAUCAAAAAAUUGAUAUACUUACCUUUUAAUAUCCUUGAUAAUUCACAAAGAUAGUUGUGAAUUUUAAUAUUUUAUGCAAUUCAUUUUAUAAAACAUUUAUUGACUCAUAAUUAUAAUUAAUUUCUUUAUGCUCAUAAAAUAUUUGAUUAAAUACUAAAAAUUUCAGAUGAAUCAAUAUGAAUUUUUUUUUAGAAAUCUUAUUAAAAAAAAAUUGUUAUUCAGCUGUUAUAAAUUAACCUGUAAAUUAAUGUGACUUUGUGUAUUAAUAUGUAGAUAAUUAACUAAAUUUAUUGUUUGUGAUAUUUAUAAGAGUACAUAUCUGUGAUUAUAUUGUUGACUAUCAUAUGAUAUUGCAUUGUUUUUUCUGGUUACAACUAGUGUUAAUAAGACAGUCCUUUAGAUCUUGCCAGUUUGAUGUUACACUACUUGACAACAAUAGCUUUCACAGAUGAUUUACAAAAGCAGCUUAUCAUUCACACAAAACCAUUUUAUUACUGAAUAUCUGUGCGUAAAAUUAUGAGAAUACAUGCGCAAGAUAUGUUUCACACCAUUAAACCUACAUAAUGCAAGAGCUAAAUCUGCCAAUUGCAGGUCUUUCUUUAGGCUUGAAAUGUUAUCUAAAUUAUUAAUUAGACAUUAAUUAACUUAUCCAGACGAUAAUCGACUCUCUAUGGCAUCACUAGCCUGCAAUAUUUACUGGAUUAUGAUCCCAUUUGCUGCUCGACUUCCAUUCAUAUUUUUUUAUUGUAGACUUUAGUAAUGAUGAUCGAGGCUAAGACGAAAUUUCAAUCGCUUAAUUCUUGGUUGACUGAAAUUUUCAGCAAAUUGCCUUUACAUUAUCUAGUUUUUAACUAUUAUAGUGAGAACUGCCAACUCUUUAUCUUAUCUUCCAUAAUGUAUCUUUAAUAUACUGCUGCUAUGAUGUUUGAGGAAAGUCCUGUAUGUUCUGAUCUGAUGAUCUGUCCGUUUUGAAAGAAAGAGAGAGAAAUUGGGUUUAACACCCACACAACACAAACUAUGUAAUUUCGGUAAUAACAAGGUUCAAUUUUAUUUCAAUAAUUUGCUUGCACGUAGGGUUUUAUAGAUUAUUUGCCCCCCCCCCCCCCCCGCCUCCUCUCCUAAAUGUUCAACUCGUAAUAUGGCCCAUUGUACACUAUUACUAAGUUUUAAAAAAUUCCUUUGAAAACUUUGUCUUGUAAGCAAGGGGGACUAUUCUGAAAUAUACCAUGAGUUAUUCUGAAUUUCAUUAGGGUUUCUCCUUAUUUAUGACCCCAAGAACAAUCCAAAAAGGUUUUUAAUAAUGCCAUUCUAAACUUUUUUCUGUAUCAUGUUUAUAAACUUGUAUGUAAUUAUGUAGGCAAUAGUUACACAAUUUGCUAUUAAAACAUCUCUAACUGAGAUAUGGAUCCUUUUAGUUUCACCAAGUUUGUCCUGUAUCGCAUUCACAUGCUUUAAUGUCUCCAAUCAUCAUGUAAGGAAUGUUGCACUGUAACCUGGAUAUUAAUUAAUCUUGUGUAUUUAGCAAAGCCCCCCUGCAAAAAGUUUUGCACCCCCCUGUGAAAAAAUUGUCGACCAUAAAAACAAUAGACAUCCAUUGUCCGUCAAUUUUACGGCAACCCUGAGAACACUUCCCACCCCCAUUGUUGCUCUGAGCUAGUUACAGCCCUGCUAAGAUUUCAUAAGUGAGAAUGUAAAUGGAGAAAAUACUCACAACAUUUGAGCUAAAAAGAUUUGGAAUUUCAAUAGUCAAUAGGGUUCUUCCUUCAAAUGGACAUUAUCUACAAAUUAGAAACUACUAUUGACAAGAACUGUAAUUUGUAGGAUGGACACCUAAUAUACACUCUCAUUAACCAUGGGCAUAUAGAAACUACAACUUGAUAUGUCUUUUUUGUAGCUUCUAGUUUGUGUUCGAAACCCAUAACAAUUAAUUUUACUGUAUUUUAUGUUCUAACCAUCUGUGUUAUUGAUAUCCAUGUGUACUAACCAAUUUUAUAUGAAAGAAUCCAAAGUUAUCUUUAAUUGUGUCUAAAGUUGUUGUAAUGUUAUUAAUGUAUUCAUUUUAUUCCAAUAAAAUGAAUAAAUUGCAUGGUUAAAUUUUUAAAAAUA